AUGGGCAAGUUCCUGCUCAUAAUCCUGUUGCUGGAGACCUUUUCUCUUGUGUUCUUUCGAGCUGAAGCCCUGAUGUGCAAGGUCUGCAGCUCUUUUAAGAGAGGACACUGUUUGGUAGGCAAGGGCAACUGCACUACAAAUUUCUACUCUCAGUGCAGAACCAGGAAUUUCUUCAUUUACUCACCGAAAGAUGGGUGGCUUCACAAUCACACUGAACUGGACUGUUCUGCCUUGUGUUUGUUUGAAAACGCGUAUUAUGAAUACUUGAAGAUUUCUACCUUCUGCUGCAAAGAUCAAGAUUUCUGUAACAAAUUUCAUGGCCAAAUCAUGACGGAGAAGAUUUAUUAA